UGUAAUGAUAGUGAAGAAGAUAUGUUUGGUGACUAUGAUAGCUUCUGUGGAAAUGAUUCUUUGCUAGCUGAUGUGGAUGAUAUAGAGUGCAAAUACCUGCAGGAUAAAAAUACAGAUAUUAAAUCAACCGGAGAAAUCCUACUUGGGAAUCAUCAGUCAGGAAUUCACCAGAUAAAGCAAGAUAGUUUUUCUACUUCAGAAGAUACGGUUUUCCUUAAAACUGACAAAGAGGAUGCUUUGCGAAUGAAUGAAAAUGACCCAGGGGACAGGAAUCAAGAACUGACAGACUCUAUUUUAGAUGAUUUGCCAUCAUCACAACUUUUGUAUUUUGAGAAAAUGGAUGAACUUUCUUCUGGUUCUAGAAUAUCACCAGUCAAAGGGAGGAAUAAAUGUGUAAAUUCUUCCUUGGACAAGGUCGGGAGUCCAUCAUCUUUUUGUCCUGAUGCUGAACACAGAAACAGACAUACUGACUUUUCCUCAGACUCUAACUGUAAUUUAUUAAAAACUGAGAGUCUUAAAGAUCAUUUGAAAAGUGCUAUGACUGGAAAUGCCAAAGUCCAGACUCUGCAGGUCUCAAAGACCAAGCAGCUUAAAGAAGCUGUUUUAUCUAAAGAGAUUUGUGUUGCUAGGAAAACUAUUGAAUCUUCUUCUGUGGAUAUAGGACCUUUUUACGGAUUGCCUAGUAAAGUUAAAGAUCUUUUCAGACAAUUUCGAGGGAUUGAAACACUUUAUGAAUGGCAGCAUGAUUGCUUAAUGUUAGAAUCUCUACAGCAAAGAAAGAAUUUAAUAUACUCAUUGCCAACCAGUGGUGGAAAAACACUUGUAGCUGAAAUAAUUAUUCUUCAAGAAUUACUCUGCAGGCAGAAAGAUGUUCUGAUGAUCCUGCCAUAUGUUGCCAUUGUCCAAGAAAAGGUCUGGAUUCAGGGUUUAUCAAGUUUUGGGGUAGAAUUGGGUUUCCUGGUUGAAGAAUACGCAGGAAGUAAAGGAAGAUUUCCACCAAUCAAGAGGAGAAAGAAAAAGUCUCUUUAUAUUGCUACUAUAGAAAAAGGGCAUGCUCUAGUCAAUUCCUUAGUUGAAACAGAAAGAAUUGAUGACCUUGGUCUGGUUGUAGUAGAUGAGUUACAUAUGCUUGGUGAGGGAAGUCGUGGAGCAACGCUGGAAAUUACUCUUGCGAAAAUUCUUUACACUAGUAAAAGCACCCAAAUCAUUGGAAUGAGUGCAACUUUAAACAAUGUUGGAGACCUGCAGAAAUUCCUGCAAGCGGAGUACUAUACUAAUAAUUUUAGACCGGUAGAAUUAAAGGAAUACGUAAAGAUACGAGAUACCAUUUACACAGUUGACAGCAAAACAGAAAAUGGCUUUACUUUUUCACGUGUCCUUAAUUUCAAGUAUUCUAGUAAUCUGGAGAAAGCAGAUCCUGACCACAUCAUUGCACUGGUUACUGAAGUUAUUCCUAAAUAUUCCUGCCUGAUCUUUUGUCCUACUAAAAAGAACUGUGAAAAUGUGGCCUCAAUGGUGUGCAAGUACCUCAAGAAUUUGCGAGUGACUGGUUGCGGCGAAGGAGACAGCAGCCUCUGGUCUGAAUUGAAAGCAAGGCUUUUUUUUCUUGUCAAAGUAGAAGCAGGAAACUGGUUGCAGCGAAGGAGACAGCAGCCUGAAUUGAAAGCAAGGCCUUUUAUUGUCAAAGCAGAAGCAGGAGCAAAAGCAGAAGCAAAGUUGUGCGUGAAU